GCUGCGCUCGCAGCUCGCGCUGGUAAACAGGCAGUAACCGGAGCGGAGCUCGCCAAUUGAUCACAGAGGGGCAAACAGCCUGUCGGAUACACUCAGGUUCCAUCGUGUUGUGAAUAAAACUAGGAUUUUAAUGCCGAGAGCUUCUGCACGUUAUUUUAAAUCGCUGACAUGGCCGCAGUGGACCCCAAUAAGCUUGAUCAUAUUUCCUCCGAGGAGGAUAGGCUGCUGUAUCCGGUAGCUCACUAUGGUUCAAAUGACUGCAUGGAUGAGUAUAGCAAGCCCAGGCCGACCCCGGUAACAGAUGGCUGGAUUGGUGCUGACCCAGAAGAGGAAGAGUUGCGCAGGAAAUUAAAAUACUUCUUUAUGAGCCCCUGUGAAAAAUACCAAGCCAAAGGCAGAAAACCUUUCAAGCUGAUUCUGCAAAUACUGAAGAUUGUUAUAGUUACUGCACAGCUGGUACUUUUUGGUUUAAGUAAUGAGAUGGCGGUGAUGUUCAAGGAGGAAAACACGGCGUCGUUUAAACACCUCUUUCUCAAAGACUACGCCGAUUCAGAUGACGCACUCGCUGUUUACACACAGAGUGAUGUUUAUGAUCAUAUGUUUUACGCAGUUGAACAGUAUCUCUCUUUGGCAGAGACGACAGUAGGCCAGUAUGCGUAUGUGUAUGAUGUUGGUGUGAACGGCAGCGCGCUGUCUCUGUGUCAGCAGUAUUACAAAAAAGGCAGAAUCGACCCGGCUAAUGACACAUUUAUCAUCGACCCGCUGGUGGUCACAGACUGUAUUGGAGUGAACCCUUUAUCCACUCCUACUGCAGCAGGUACGAGCCGUGAUUACAGGAACUUCACCCUCAAGUUUCACAAGCUGAUUAACGUCACUAUACAGUUCCAGUUGAAAGCAAUAAAUCUUCAGACCAUCAUACACAAUGAAAUUCCCGACUGUUACACUUUUUUAAUCACAAUUCUGCUGGAUAACAAGGCCCACAGUGGUAAAGUAAGAAUCAGUCUUGAUAAUAAGGCCUCCAUUAAGGAAUGCCGAGACCCGAGUGUUUCCGGACACCCUGAUAGUAAUGCUCGUGUGUUGUUUGAUCUGGCCGUGGCGUUGGUUUGUGUUCUCUCUUUGCUUCUCUGCGGUCGCUCUAUCAUCAGAGGAAUCAUUCUUCAAAAUGAGUUUGUAAAGUACUUUAAGACCUCUCUGAAGCGGCACGUGUGUUGGGGAGACCGAAUGGAGUUCAUCAACGGAUGGUAUAUUCUGCUGAUCAUUAGUGACUUGCUCACUAUCACAGGCUCUAUUAUUAAGAUUGGCAUUGAGCUGAAGAAUCUGUCAUCCUAUGAUGAGUGCGGCAUCCUCUUGGGCACCUCCACGCUAUUGGUCUGGGUUGGAGUUAUUCGCUACCUCACCUUCUUUCAAAAGUACAACAUUCUCAUUGUGACAUUACAAGCUGCUUUCCCUAACGUGAUCCGGUUCUGUUGCUGUGUGGCGGUGAUCUACCUGGGUUAUUGCUUCUGUGGCUGGAUUGUGCUGGGACCAUACCAUGUCAAGUUCCGCUCUCUGUCGUCAGUGUCCGAGUGUCUUUUCUCUUUGAUCAAUGGAGAUGACAUGUUUGUGACGUUCAGUGGCAUGCAGGAGAGCAGCAUGCUGGUCUGGGUCUUCAGUCAGGUGUACCUUUACACGUUCAUCUCUCUCUUCAUUUACAUGGUGCUCUCUCUCUUUAUCGCUCUCAUCACUGGAGCUUACGAGACCAUCAAGCAUCAAACUCAGGAGCCCAUUCAUAUCACUGACCUGCAUGCGUUCAUCGCCGAGUGCACCGACACACCCUGCUCUGGAAAGUUCCGUGGAAUCGAGACCUCGCCGUGCUCUUUCUUCUGCUGCUGUGACAGAACCACCACAUAUGAGGACGUCCUCCUUGUCAACUAGUGAAGAUUAUUGGACCUGAAACACCUCCCUCUGCUGGUCACAAUGCGAUAAUGCAACACAACUGAAGAAAGGUGAAAUAAGGAAAACUCAAUACCCAAGGAAUCACCAUAAGCCUUCAGUGGAGACGAGCAGAUACCAUUUUUACAGUUGAAUCACUCCAAGUUUUAAUUUACCUCAUUUUAUUUUUUAGAUUUAUCUUAACUCUGGAUGUUGCUAAAGGCAGCCUAGUACCAUUUCAUAGUCUGGACCGAUUAAAAACACCCGGAAGGUUUAAAUUGAGA